CAUUUGAUUUUGUUUGUCCUGCAGGGAAGAGUCGAUGCUGAAUGGCUGGUGGCCUUUUUCUACACAGCCAUGAACAGCAGCCUGUGGCAGGGUCUGCCUCACCAGAAGGCACUGGAGUUACUCUGUUUUCCUGAAUGCUGCCCCAUCUGUGCAGAGCAGAAAACUUCCUGCCCACAGUUUAUGUGCAAGAAUUUUGUCAGCAAAGGUUUUGCCUCUUCAGUGACUCAAGAGCAAACCUUCCCCUGGUUUGACCUGACAGCUGCACAAGUGAGAGAGUCUCCCUUUAGCCAGCUGCUAGAAAAAAGUGAGUUUGUCCAGUGCCAUCUUGCUCUACCGCAUCAAGCAUCCUCUGGAGACUGGCCUAUAAAGCAAUGUGUGCUGGUCAGCACCAAGACAUCUCUUACUUCAGCUAUAGUGGAGCCUGGUGUGACAAUAGAUGAUGAGGCUCUACUUUCCACAGCUGCUUCUGUCAUUUUCUCAGAAACUCCAGAGGAAACUGCUGACUAUGAUUCUAAAUCCACAUAAACUAUAACAAAGCCCAAGGCAAAAUGCUUUGCUGAGCUCUCAUCCCAACUCCACCAUGGGACUGAGUGGUGCAAAAACCAGCACUGUUCACUCCCAGACUCUUUAAAAUAUUCCAGCCAAUAACCCUAUGUACACACUUGCUUCUACAAGUUUCACUCUCUAGAUGUGCUCAGCAAGCUUGUUUCUUCCUGACUGCUAGAGUCUUGCU